GUGCGAUAUUAACCCGGGAGGCGGCGGCGGGGAGGGGAGAGGCUCAGAGAGGCGAGGCCGGGUGAAGCGGCGAGGGCGGCCCGACGGGCGCGGGACGGGACGGGGCAGCGCGGGCGCCGGAGCCACGGCCCGGAGUCGGGGUGCCUUGCCCCGGGCCCCCCAGCAUGAAGACCCCGGCGGACACAGGGUUUGCCUUCCCGGAUUGGGCCUACAAGCCGGAAUCGUCCCCUGGCUCAAGGCAAAUUCAGCUGUGGCACUUUAUUCUGGAGCUGCUAAGGAAGGAGGAGUACCAGGGUGUCAUUGCCUGGCAGGGCGACUAUGGGGAGUUCGUCAUCAAGGACCCCGACGAGGUAGCUCGGCUCUGGGGUGUUCGCAAGUGCAAGCCCCAGAUGAACUAUGACAAGCUGAGCCGGGCCCUGCGAUAUUAUUAUAAUAAGCGCAUUCUGCACAAGACCAAGGGGAAACGGUUCACUUACAAGUUCAACUUCAACAAACUGGUGCUGGUUAAUUAUCCUUUCAUCGAUGUGGGGUUGGCUGGGGGUGCGGUGCCACAGAGUGCCCCUCCAGUGCCAUCGGGCAGCAGCCACUUCCGCUUCCCUCCCUCAACGCCCUCCGAGGUGCUCUCCCCCACCGAGGACCCCCGCUCACCACCGGCCUGCUCUUCAUCCUCCUCCUCACUCUUCUCAGCUGUGGUGGCCCGCCGUCUGGGCCGAGGCUCAGUCAGUGACUGUAGUGAUGGCACAUCAGAGCUGGAAGAACCACUGGGCGAGGACCCCCGGGCACGACCACCUGGCCCUCCAGAGMUGGGUGCUUUCCGAGGGCCCCCUCUGGCCCGCCUGCCCCAUGACCCUGGCGUCUUCCGAGUCUACCCCCGGCCCCGGGGUGGCCCUGAACCCCUCAGUCCCUUUCCUGUAUCACCUCUGGCUGGGCCUGGCUCCCUGCUACCCCCUCAGCUCUCACCGGCUUUGCCCAUGACACCCACUCACCUGGCCUACACACCCUCUCCCACCUUAAGCCCUAUGUACCCCAGUGGUGGUGGCGGCCCCAGUGGCUCAGGUGGAGGCUCCCACUUUUCCUUUAGCCCUGAGGACAUGAAACGGUACCUGCAGGCCCACACCCAAAGCGUCUACAACUACCACCUCAGCCCCCGCGCCUUUCUGCACUACCCUGGGCUGGUGGUGCCCCAGCCACAGCGUCCUGACAAGUGCCCACUGCCGCCCAUGGCACCUGAGACCCCACCGGUCCCUUCCUCAGCCUCGUCAUCCUCUUCCUCCUCCUCUUCCCCAUUCAAGUUUAAGCUCCAGCCGCCCCCACUAGGACGCCGGCAGCGGGCAGCUGGGGAGAAGGCUUCAGGAGGUGCUGACCAGAGCAGUGGCAGCAGCACUGGCGGGCUGGCUGAGGGGCCAGGGGCACUGGCCCCCCCCCCACCACCACCACAGAUCAAGGUGGAACCUAUCUCAGAAGGUGAAUCAGAGGAGGUGGAGGUGACUGAUAUCAGCGAUGAGGAUGAGGAAGAUGGGGAGGUGUUCAAGACGCCCCGUGCCCCACCUGCACCCCCCAAGCCCGAGCCUGGCGAGGCACCUGGGGCAGCCCAGUGCAUGCCCCUCAAGCUGCGCUUUAAGCGGCGCUGGAGUGAAGACUGUCGCCUAGAGGGGGGUGGAGGCCCUGCUGGGGGCCUUGAGGAUGAGGGUGAGGACAAGAAGGUGCGUGGGGAUGGGCCUGGGGAGGCAGGGGGUCCCCUCACUCCAAGGCGGGUGAGUUCUGACCUCCAGCAUGCAACAGCCCAGCUCUCACUGGAGCAUCGAGAUUCCUGAGGGCUGUGGGCAGGGGGCUGAGGUUCCCCCCACUCCCCAUGCUUUUGCUGCCUUAACCCCCCCAAAGUCCUGGAGGUGAGGGCAGCUCUCUAGUCUCCUCCCUGCCUCCUCCCUCUCCCCUCCCCUCCCCACAUUUUGUAUAAAACUUUUAAUUUUUUUUUUUUUUAAUGGUGAGGGUGGGUGGGUGCCCAGGGCUAGGGGCUGUCCUGUUUCUAAGUUCUGGGCAAAGUGGUGGUUGGGGGAGGGAGGGGGGCAUUAAGGGGGCCACCUCCAUUCUGGGGAAUUUAUAUUUGAAUUGAGGCUUUGGCCUUAAAACCCAGGAAAUUUUUUAUUACAAUCGCUUAGGAAGUAAAGCCUUGUCUCCCUCCCUGUUCUCUGCCUCUUGUACCUCUCCCUCUCUGCCCCACGACCACCCUCAGCCCCAACCCUGCCUUCCUUGCCCCUCCAGGGGCCGUGAGUGCCUGGGUUUCUCAUUUCCCACAAGGUUGCAACAGGGGAGGGAGGGACAAUUUUUUGAUGAACCAAAAAUUCCAUGGUGUGGGGGAUUGGGGUGGAGGAGGGUGAGGGGUGCCGCCCAUGGGCCACAAAACUACAAGUGCCUGCUCUCCCUCCCCACCCCAGCGUAGGUCCAAUCCCUUUACCCCCAGCUGCUCCUAGGACUGGCCCAUGGGCAGGCGGGUGAGAGGAUGGGAAGGGGGUACCCUGAAACCAAACUGGAAGCCCCCUCUGCCUCCCAGCUGGGGCCCCUGGGGUGGUGGGGGACUGGGUCAAGCCUUACUCUGUAUUGGGAAGGAGGGUGGGGGAGGGAAGUAGGGGGCUGCUGGAGAAUGUAUUCAAAAUAAUAAAACUUUGGACCUUU